CAGAAGUCCAGUGAUCUUUGUUCAGAUUCUCUACUGAAAUGCAAAAUGUGCACAACACAAACAGAAUGGCUGAGCCCUGGUCCAGACCUUGCGGACCGUGAGCCUCUGACCAUGCCAGCCUGCUGCAGCUGUAAUGAUGUUUUCCAGUAUGAGACAAACAAAGUCACCCGGAUCCAGAGCAUGAAUUAUGGCACCAUUAAGUGGAUCUUCCACAUGAUUGUCUUUUCCUACGUUAGCUUUGCUCUGGUGAGUGACAAGCGGUACCAGCGGAAGGAGCCCCUCAUCAGUUCCGUGCACACCAAAGUGAAAGGGAUAGCAGAGGUGAAAGAGGAGAUUCUGGAGACCGGGAUGAAGAAGGUGAUGUCCAGUGUCUUUGACACCGCGGAUUACACCUUCCCCUUGCAGGUGAACUCCUUCUUCGUGAUGACAAACUUUCUCAAGACAGAAGGCCAACAGCAGGGGUUAUGUCCCGAGUUUCCCACCCGUAGGACGCUCUGUUCCUCUGACUUGGGCUGUAAAAAGGGACGGGUGAACCCACAGAGCAACGGGAUCCAGACCGGAAGGUGUGUAGAGUAUAAAGAGCCACUGAAGACCUGUGAAGUCUCUGCUUGGUGUCCCAUCGAGGCAGUGAAAGAGCCCCCCCGGCCUGCACUCUUGAACAGUGCCGAAAACUUCACAGUGCUCAUCAAAAAUAACAUCGACUUCCCUGGCCACAACUACACCAUGAGAAACAUCUUACCGGGUGUAAACAUCACUUGUACCUAUCACAAGACUCAGAAUCCACAGUGUCCCAUCUUCCGACUAGGAGAUAUCUUCCGAGAAACGGGAGAUAAUUUUUCAGAUGUGGCAAUUCAGGGAGGAAUCAUGGGCAUUGAGAUCUACUGGGACUGCAACUUGGACAGCUGGUCCCAUCGCUGCCGUCCAAAGUACAGCUUCCGUCGCCUUGAUGACAAGACCACGAAUGAGUCCUUGUACCCUGGCUACAACUUCAGAUAUGCCAAGUACUAUAAGGAAAACAACAUUGAAAAACGGACUCUGAUAAAAGUCUUUGGGAUCCGUUUUGACAUCCUGGUUUUUGGCACCGGAGGGAAAUUUGACAUUAUCCAGCUGAUUGUGUACAUUGGCUCAACCCUGUCCUACUUUGGUUUGGCCACUCUGUUCAUUGACUUUCUCAUCAAUGCUUACUCAAGUAAAUGCUGCCGAUCCCACAUUUAUCCAUAUUUCAAGUGCUCUGAAUGCUGUGCAGUCAAUGAAUACUACUACAGGAAGAAGUGUGAGACCAUCGUGGAGCCAAAGCCGACAUUAAAAUAUGUGUCCUUUGUGGAUGAAUCCCACAUUAGAAUGGUGGACCAGAGGCUACGUGGGAGAAGUCUGCAAUAUGUCAAAGGUGAAAAAGUCCCAAAACCCUCAAUGGACUUCACAGACUUGGCCAGGCUGCGCCCAUCUCUCCGUGACCCAUCCCCUAUUCCUGGACAACCGGAGGAGAUGCAGCUGUUACGUGAAGACGUGUCUCCUAGAUCCGGCGACAGCCCCACAUGGUGCCAGUGUGGACACUGUCGCCCGUCCCAACUCCCUGAGAGCCACAGGUGCCUGGAGGAGCUGUGCUGUCGGAAAAAGGCUGGUGCCUGCAUCACCACCUCAGAGCCUUUCAGGAAGCUCAUCUUGUCCCGGCGCGUCCUGCAGUUCCUCCUGCUCUACCAGGAGCCGUUGCUGGAGCUGGACGAAAACGCCAACAGCCGGCUGCGGCACUGCGCCUACAGGUGCUACACCACCUGGCGCUUCGGCUCCCAGGACCUCGCCAACUUUGCCAUCCUGCCCAGCUGCUGCCGCUGGAGCAUCCGGAGAGAGUUUCCCAAGAGUGAAGGCCAGUACAGUGGCUUCAAGAGUCCUUACUGAAGGCACGGGGAUGAGCAGUCAUGUGAACAUGACCUUUGCACCCUGCGCUUGACCUGCAAAGAUCUGUGGCCAAAUUUUCAACCAAAGGGAAAUGUGUUUUCUUCUCCUGCAGCUCUAUGUGUGUCAGAGAGCAGAUGGAACAAACAGGCAUGUCAGCCGGAACCCCUCAGCAUGGGCCCUGAGUCAAGAGAUCCAGAUUGACAUCUCAAUUCUGUCCCUCGGAAGCUGAGUGAUCCCAGGCCUUUAACUUCUGUACCUCAGUGGCCUUAUUACUCAACCUAUCUCACACAGAGAGAUACUGGGAGGACCAACUGGGAGAGUGUACAUGAACUUUCUUGUUCAUGCAUGAAGAGCCUUAUAAGGCCAGAGAAGGAUAAUCCACAACUAUGAACAAACCCUUUGGGGGCUGGAUGGAGAAUGCGCAUGAUUAAAAGUGGCCACAAAUUCUGUGGCCCUGGUCCCUCAGAACCUGAGGGCUAUGUCUCCUCCCCUGGCAUCUGGGCAGCUCUGAUCACUUUAUCCAAUACUAGAAGUGACACUGUGCUAGUUUGGGGAUCUUGGUCUUGAGGCUGACAGCUUCCACCUCCUGCCCCCUGAGGUGUCUGCUGUGAAGGAAGCUAGCCCCGGUACUAAAGUCAUUCCUGAGACCACCCUGUCCCGGGGAAGCUCAAGAAGCCACUUGGAGAACAGAGAUGUCCAACCAGUCCCCAGCUUUCUGGCUUCCAAACCCGGUCACUAGACAUGGGAGCAAAGCCUUCAGGUGACUCCACACCCAGCUCACACACUACUGCAACUGCAUGAGACGCCUCCCAGGGAACCCACAGAACAAAAUUGUUGCUCUUGUUGUUUCAAAGUUUAUUUAUUUAUUUUGAAAGAGAGAGAGAGCAAGCACGUGCAAGUGGGGGACAGGAAGAG